AUGGGGAAAAGGUAUCAUUGUGAGUACUGUAACCGUUCCUUUGCGGACACUCCGCAAACAAGGAAGAAUCACAUUAAUGGCGUGCAGCACAAAAGGAAUCGGAAGCUGCACUAUGAUUCAUUCAAAGGUGAGAAUUAUUCAUUUCUCGGUCAAACCUUGCGCUGUAAACACAGAUAGAGUUGCUUAGCUUUGCACCUACCAGAGUUUUCCAUGUUCUCUUAAGUUAAAACAAACUCUUUCAUAAUUGAACUGUGACAAGUGGUAAAUAAAGGGACUCUUAUUUUGCCAGUCCCAGACAAUUCGAUCACAUUGUGUUUGAGCUAAGCUUGAUGCGAUAAAGUAAGAUGUAAAUAAGAUUGAAAUUAAGACCGUAAAUCAAGCAAACAAAAGAAAAUACAGUCGAAGCGACCACCCAAAAUGCGAAAAUUUAGUAGCUUCCCACACACAGGUGACAAAGACGUUCUUUUGGCUCGUCACGCAAUCCUUCCCCAACGAACGUCUGUUGAAACGAGCGGUUAAAAACGUAGACCAAUCACUGCAGACUUCCUGAUCUGAGAAGGGCACUUUGGACCUUGAGAAAUUUCGUGGCUUCUUUGCGCGAGACUCCACAAAAGAUCAGAAAGGUCUCAUGAAAGGUGAGAUCCUCAGAGACCAAGGGGCAGUCAGUUGGGUCGGGUAAAAUGGCAGUGAAAGUUUUCAACAAUGAGCAGGCAAACCCCUGGGUUGCUUCUCUUAACGAAGCAAUUCCACGACUCAUUCGAAUGCUUGUCUAUGUUUGGGCACAAAAAAUAAUUUUGUGCCCAAUAAGAGGCCAGCAUCUAUCGUGCUACUUUUGUGAUCUUCUUACACGAAAAAGUUUACCCGGAAACUCGACUAAGAAGAUCAUCCUGCUGUGGCCUCACCAAAAGAACACCUUUAUCAGAGCAAAUGGCAUCUGAUUCAGCAUAAUUUUACAGAGAGAAAUAUACAAAAAGCCAAGCUUUAUCUCCUGCAUUUUUGUCCAGAACAGAACUCUUUAGUCAUGUAUUAGGCACUUCCGAGGUUGCACAUCGUGUUUGGCUUGUCAACACUUUGACUCUUUUAGCACCAGUUGGUUCUCCAAUAAUCUGCACGUGAGUUCCAUCUAAAAUUUGUGAACAGUGGGAAAGGAAUUAAACCACAUAUUUCAGCAGAUGUUCAUGGGGCAGGAACGUGUGACGAACCCCUAAGAACGUCUGUUGGGAGGCUAAAGAUUUAGUGGUUGCUUACAGGAGGUGGUCACUGACAAGAAGCAACCCACAGCUGGUCUCUAAUGAGAAGAGGUCUACUGUUUGAAAGCGAAUUUUACUGAUUUUUGGUUAUGACAGGAAUUUUUUCGUAUACUCUGAAUGCUGUACAGUAGUACAUACAGCAAACAUAGAGAUUACUUCAUGUGUCUAGUGAGUUGCUUUCAGGAGGUUUUAGGGGAAACCAUCGCAAAAAGUGAGCCCUCUGCCCAAAAAGUGGUGUGAUUGCUUACGAGAGGUGGUCAUUUAUGAGAUGUUCCAACAAGAAGGAUUUGACUGGGAAAAAAAUUUUUAGUGUUUUGGAUAGGUGGUUGCUUAAACGAGGUGUCACAAGUUUAUCGUAUUUUUGUAACUGUCAUUGUUACCCUUUCUAAGUAAAGUCUCCACUCCUCCCUUAAUAUGCUUUACACAGUGUUUUGGCUGUUUCAAAAAUAGAUCCUGCAGUUCUGCUAGCAGAAGAAAGUAGUAAGCCACCCUGUCGAAAAUUCUUUACCACUGGUGAGUUUGUAUGAUUAUGAAACAUUUAUUAUAUCUGCAUUUACUAUAUUUUAUGCAUUCUUUAGUUUGGGCAAUUCAAAUUGUAUCCAGCAGAAAUGUUGAGUCAAUCAAAGUUACCAAAGUGCGUUUUUUCAUUGAGAAGGCGUGUGUGGCCGAGUGGUUAACACCUCAAACUCCAGAUCUAGAGGUGUGGGGUUCAAGCCAUGCCCAUCACAUCGUUUCCUUAGACAAGGAACUCUACUCCUUGUUGUCUCUCUUCAUCCAAGUGUAUAAAUGGGUCCUGCGACCUAUUGCUGGGGGGUAACCCUGUGAUGCACUACAGCUGUAGCAUCCCAUCUAGGGGGGAGAAGCAAUACUCCUAGGCAUGCUUCAUGCUAAGGAAACCAGGAUAAGCUCCAACUGUUUGGGCCUUUGGCUUAUUAUUUUGUGCCUUUAUCUUUACCCUUUUAUUUCAUCAUUGAGGGUUAAGGAAAAUUUUGGCAUAAUGAUCCUUGCAGAUGUACCAAAAAAUGCUAUAAAUAGACAGUCCCCUAUUUUUCUGUAAGAUCGUUGCGAUUGAGUGCUUUCAGUGUUACUAGUAGCAAUCUUAAUGUUUCAGUUCUGGCCUGGGUACCUUGGCCUCCCCUUGGUACAUUUAAAACCAAGAUUGCUGCCCAUAACACAAUGUGCUGGAUCUUCACAGCCUUAUGGAAAGAUAGUGAAUGGAGUGUGAAAAAUCUAAGCUAUACUAACUGAGUAAUAAAUAGCCUGAAUUUCAUCCGAUUACUUCGAGUCAUUAUUACUCCCUCAGUAACGUCUGAAUCGACAGGCCGUUAAUGCCGUCCAGUGACGUCACUACUCCUUGACCUUUGCUUUAAUUCAUGCAAAAAGUAAAACAUGAGUUUCAAGUAGCAAACCGAGAAAUAUCGUUUGGAAAUGUCUGCAUGAUACGGAACUGCUUUAUUUUUUUCGAUUGUAAUUCAUGUUUAACGUUCAAACUAUCAACUGCAUGCAGUACAAGUCUGAACCGGUUGUAUUAAAUUCUAUAAUCAAACUCGGUCGCCAAUCACGCAGUGAAAUAAAACACACGGAACACUUAGUUCAAAAACACAAUGAUUUGCUUUAAUUGAAAAGAAGCUAUUUGGUCCUUAACGAAGAAAAAAAACGAGGAGACAGAAAGAAAAGCUAACAGAAUCAUCACACUUGACGGUAAAAAUAGCAAGAAGGACCAAUUAUAACAUUGAUCUCACAAAACUUCGGCGUAAACAAAAUCACCGGCAGCGAAACCACAAAGCGCUCCUAAAUGAAAACUCACCGACUCUCCCCAAUGAUUCUUCAUUCGCAGUUCAAUUUAGCAUUUCAGUUUUCGAAGACAAGGGCAAUUUUGCUGUUUAAGAUAAAGAUUAAGCUUAUCGAAAUGUUUGAACUAAACGAAAGAAUGCAAGGGAUGUGUUCCGCUGAAUAUCAAGCGACACUCCCACUAAAAUUUUUCAUAAUUAUACAUAAUUAUGCGAAUUUUUAGACAAUCAACCAAUCAAAAUCACUACCCAGUUUUUGGGUAGUGAGUGACGUCACUGGAUGGCAUUAACGGCCGGUCGAUUCAGACAUUGUUGAGAGGAGAAAACGACUCGAAGCAAUCGGAUGAAUUUCAAGCUAAGUAAUAAAUUGUUGAUGCUACAUCACUAUAUAACACAUAUCAUAAUAUUUUUUAGAUAAAAUUAUGUGAGUAUUUGACUGACCUUUUGUUGUUUUAGGAUCUUGUGGAUUUGGUGAUAGUUGUUGGUAUUCUCAUACAAAUCCACAAAUGCUAUUAGCAGCUCAAGGAGCAAGUAAGUAUCACCACAACUAUUUCAACUACUAAACAGUUUUUUACGUGGUUAUUUAAGGUUAUGUAGCAUUCCUUUAGUGUUUAGUGUUACUUUCUGUAUAGUAUAGCAAUGAUGUAGCAAUGAUGAAUGGCGUAGUCUGUUUAUGUGUCUUUAUGUUACUAUAUGUUAUCUAUUUUUUUUUUUUUUUUUAAAAACAAAAUAAUAAUUAAUAUAAUAACUAUACCUAGCAACAGAUUAAAAUAAUGUUAAGUAACUGAGAAAACAUCAAUAGCCUAAUAUUAUUGUCAAGAGCUGAAUUAUUUAUCAUUUGCAUUAUUUUUUCCUUUCAUUUCCUAUUUCCAUCAACCGAUCUGUUGCUCAGGUUAAAAAGUGAAUGGGCUGAUCAUUUACUACAGUUUCUGCUGUUUACUUAAAUUUCCUUUUGUGCGCACAGGUAGCCAAACAUCAAAUGUAUCACAAGCAAAUCAACCUGAGCCAAAGCUGGAGGAUUGGCUCAAGAAGUGGGAGAAAAAACAGAAAAAGAAUGAAUCAAAACACAUGUCAGGAACAUCAGCUCAUCAAUCUGUUUACACCCUCCCACCUGGACUUCCUCCCCCACAAAUGCUCCCACCUUCCCUAUUACCACCACCACCAGGGGGGUACCCUGAUCUACCAAGAAUUGACUGGGGCUAA